CCAACCUUGGCACCCCCCCUUUCCCGUUGCUGGAAAGUGCUCGGUAGUGCCAUAGGCUGAAUGGGUGGGUUGGUAGGCCACAAUGAUAGGCGCGCCACUGCUUUUUUUUUAUCUCUCGGCGUGUAUGCAUGGUCAAGUACCCCAGGCCUGUCCGCAUUUGAAGCAGUCCCUAAUCUCGAUAGUGGGGCCCACGUAUUUAAACCAGCUGGCAUCCGCCGCAUGUGCAGUCCUGUCGACUACUAAUCACCUUAUUCCAUUUGAACCUCUGUCGAAAUAACAAGCGACACUUUUCGUAACUUUACAUUUCUGAAACCAACCCCCUCCUGUUUAGUUGCUUUUCCGAAACCAGCCGAUUUUCAAAUGGAGACCUACGCACCCCGACUCCUUAUUGAGUACAACCAAUUCCAGGUUGAAAUUAUUGUCAGCUGCGCGCAGCUACCCGCGGGCCGUGCUCUCGCCAAGGCGUUCGUCAAGCAGCCGCUGGACAACGUAACCAGCGCGAUCGCGCUAUUCGCGCGCUUCAUUGAGUUCACCUCGACCCGCGACGCCGACAUUGCUCUGGCGGCCUUCACGCACUUCAACAAGAAAUUCUGCACCGACACCGACAUCCACGUUGUGGUCGUUCAGGAGAAUCUGGACUUUGAGCAGGCGCAGAAUGUCCUGCGUGGCUACUUCUCUGUGGCCGGUAUUCUGAAGGCGCGCAAUGAGCCGCUGCCGACGGUCCCUGGGGCGCUGUUCUCUGCCACUGGUGUUAAGCGCAUUGCGCAGUUUGGCGGGCAGACGGGCUCCAGGAACUACCUUGAGGAGGCCAGGUGGCUGCUGGAUGUGUAUCGGCCGCUGGUCGGCGAUUUUGUGGCCAGGGUCUCUGGAUUCCUGCAGCAGGAGGCUAAGGAUGCCAAUGUUGCUGAGGCGUAUCCGGAGGGUCUUGAUCUGCUGAGAUGGCUGGCAGAGCCCGAAAAGACGCCGAGCAAGGCGUAUCUGCUUUCGGCAGCAAUCACUCUGCCGUUGGUUGGACUUAUCCAGCUUCUGAAUGUCCUGGUGCUGUUCAAGACGCUGCAGGUGGAGCCUGGCAAGCUUUCGACACUGUUUGACGGCACGAUUGGGCACAGCCAGGGCCUGGUAAUUGCGGCGGCGGUGGCAUCGGCGACCGACGAAGAGUCAUUCUACAAUGUGUCAGAGAAGGCCCUUGGAAUUCUUCUGACGCUGGGCGCCCUGACGCAGCUGGACUACCCAGCGCCGGCGAUCAAGCCGGAGCUCAUCAAGGAGGCCAUUGCAAACGAAGGCACGCCAUCGCCUAUGAUCUCAGUGCAGGGUCUGAAGCACGCGACGGUGGAGCAGUUUGUCUCUGCGCACAAUGCCCGGCAGACGUCCAAGUCGAUGCACGUGCAGCUGUCGCUGGUGAACUCGUUUGACCGGUUCGUGGUGGUGGGCGAGACGCCGGCAGUGGUGCGGUUCGUGCGGUUCGUGCGUCCGCAGCUGGCGUCGGCCUCCGAGGACCAGUCAAAUGUGGCGUUCUCGCAGCGCAAGCCCGUGGGCCGCCUCAGCUUCAUCAUAUCGUCGGCGCCAUUCCACUUCGUCUAUAACCGGGCAUCGCCGGCACGCCAGCUUGAGGUUGUGCAAAAGAAGGGCUGGACACUGGAGUCUGGGAACCUUCAGGUGCCCGUGCAUGCCAGCAGCGACGGGCAUGAUGUGAGGGCGGAGACGGAUCUGACAGGGUACCUUCUGGAGACGAUUGCGUUUGAGGGGAUUGACUGGCCAAAGGCGAUGGCGGAGACUGGAGGAACGCACUUUGUGGAUUUCAGUCCUGAGAGCCAGGCGUCGUUUGGCGGGAUCUCGCAGCGCGGCCAGGAGGGCCGCGGCGUGACGGUGGUUGCCAAGUCGGAGCUGCUGCCGGGCACCAACCGGCGCCUGGGCAGCAACAGCGACCUGUACAAGCGCGCGAUCACUGAGGUGGUGCAGCCGGAGGACUGGCAGAAGCAGUUCGGCCCGCGACUGGUGCGCACAAGACACGACGGGCAGCUGCAUGUGGACUCCAAGAUGAGCCGCGCAUUGGGACGGCCGACGGUCAUGGUUCCGGGAAUGACGCCGACCACCACCAACGAGAAGCUGGUGGCAGCAGUGGCCACGGCUGGGUUCCAUGUGGAGCUGGGCACGGGCACGGUGUAUGAGUCGGCGGUGUUCCAGCGCAAGCUCGAGAACCUGACCGAGCUUCUGCCCAGCGGCCACGGGAUCACAGCCAACCUGGUGUACGUCAACCCGGCGCUCUGGGACUACCAGUACCCGCAGCUUCUGCGGCUGCGGCGCUCGGGCUUCCCGAUCUCGGGUCUGUGCGUCAGCGGCGGCACGCCGACCGUGGAGGAUGGCGCUAAAAUCAUCAGCGACGUGAAGGCGGCCGGACUCCACCACGUGGCAUUCAAGCCUGGCACCGCCGCGUUCAUCCGCGAUGUCGCCAGCAUGGCGGGCGCCCACCCGGAUUUCCCCGUCAUUCUGCAGUGGACCGGCGGGCGUGCCGGCGGUCACCACUCCAACGAGGACUUCCACGAGCCGAUCCUGGCCACAUACGGGGCUGUGCGGUCGCACAAGAACAUUGUUCUGAUCGCCGGGUCCGGGUUCGGCGGCAUCGACGACACGUUGCCGUAUGUGACCGGUGACUGGAGUGUAAAGUUCGGGCGGCCCGCGAUGCCGUUUGACGGAGUUUUGGUGGGCUCGCGGAUAAUGGUGGCGCGGGAAAGCGCGGCGGCAGAUUCGGUCAAGGAUCUGAUUGUGGCGACGCCCGGCGUCAGCGACAGUGACUGGGAGAAGACGCUGCAGGGCCCGGCCGGCGGCAUCGUCACGGGCCGCGCAGAGUUUGGUGAGAUGAUCCACUUUGUGGCGAACCGCAUGGCGCUGUUUACGCGCCAGCUGCAUGAGCGGGUUUUCUCGCUGCCCAAGGACAAGCAGCUCGAGGCACUGCGGGCGAACCGCGAGUAUUUGAUCGAGCACCUCAACAGCGACUGCAUGAAGCCGUGGUUUGGACGCACCAGGGACGGCCGCAACGUCGAUGUUGAGGAGAUGACGUAUGCGGAGGUGGCCGAGCGGCUGGUUGACCUUCUGUAUGUCAAGCACCAGAGCAGGUGGAUUGACCCGAGCUACGCCGUCUUGGUGACCGACUUUUUGCAGCGCAUCGAGGACCGGUUCGCCACCUCCGAGGUGGUCUAUGCGGUGCAGGCGGCGGGCGAGCUGACCAGCCCAUACGAAACCGUUGCCAGCAUCGAGCAGGCGUAUCCGGACGCGCAGGCGCAGCUCCUGACGUCGGAGGAUGUCAAGUUCUUUUUGGCGCUGUGCAAGCGGCCUGGACAGAAGCCGGUUGCGUUUGUGCCGGUGAUCGAUGAGGAGUUCGGCACGUGGCUGACCAAGGACUCGACAUGGCAGGCGGAGGACCUGGAGGCGGUCGCGGGGCAGGACGCGCAGCGCGUGCUGAUCCAGCAAGGCCCGGUGUCGGUGCGGUACUCGACCAAGGCCAACGAGCCGGUCAAGGACAUCCUGGAUGGCAUCUACCAGGGCCACAUUGCGCACAUCCUCGAGCGCUACUACGCUGGCGACAUCUCCAAUGUGCCCGAGGUCGACUAUCUCGGCACACCGCCCCAGCUGGCCGCACUGCCGGACUCGGUGUCGGUCAAGGCAUCGGUGACCGAGCGCGUGUAUAAGCUGGGCAACGAGCUGCCGGAGAACGAGCUGUGGCUCGCGGAGCUGGCCGGGCAGGAGAGCAGCUGGCUGAAUGCGCUGCUGACGGCGCCGGUGGUGGUCCAGCAGAAGCAGUUUGCGGCCAAUCUGGUGCGCGACAUGUUCCGCGCGCGCGCCGGCCGCACCGUCACUGUGCGUUUGGUGGACGGUAAGCCAGCGAGCGUCAGCUUUGUAUCGGCGCAGGGCACAGCAGAGCUCGAGGCCCAAAUCAGCGGCCAGACGAUCUCGGUGACGGUCUUCCAUCCGAAUGGCUCUGGGCGCUGCACCAUCGCGCUGGCAUUCACGUACCAUCCCGAUACGCCAUUGGCGCCGAUCCACGAGCUGGCAGGAGUGCGUGACGACCAGAUCCGCAAUGCCUUCCAGGCGCUGCCGACCGAGUUCCAGGCGAGCCGGGCGUUCACGGUGACGCAGGAGCAUGUGGACAGGUUCUGCCGGAUCGCCGGUAACAAGGAGCGCGCCUAUAGCAACGGGUCGGCACCCAUGGACCGGUUCAUGCUUUCGCGCGAAGCCUACGGCGGACUGCUGAACCUUCUGCAUCUCUCCAACGCAUUCACGCUGACCGACAAGGCGCAGCUGCGCAUCGGCGAUACUGUGCAGACGGCGAUCCGCGCCGACUCGGUCACCAACACCGACCAGGGCAAGCUGAUGAAGCUGCAGGCCACGCUGUAUGUCGAGGGCAGAGAGGUGGCCCAGAUUGCAUCCGAGUUCCUGGCGCGCAACACUGUUAUUGAAGCCGAGCUGGCGUUCAACAACCAGACCAGCUCGCGCCAGGUGCUUGAGGCCAAGGAGUGGUUUGCCUAUGUGGGCACUGAGCGUCUGGCGCCGGGUGCCCUGGUGGAGUUUUCGGUCAAUUCCAGCUACCGCUACAAGUCUGUUGAUGUGCUGGCAAGCGCCCAGGACCUCCUGGGACCAGCUUCGGCGACCCAGUCUCCGACUACAUCAACACGCAGGGCUCCAGCACCUGACUCCAGCGUGCGAAUCCUUGCCACGGCUCCUUUGGAUAACUGGGAGUACUCGCACGUCUCGGGCGACUACAACCCGAUCCACACCAACACGUAUCUGGCCGACUACGCGCAGCUGCCCAACACCAUCACCCACGGCAUGUGGACGUCGGCGGCGACCCGGGCGCUGGUGGAGCGCCAUGUGACCGAUGGCCGGCCGGAGCGCAUGCGCUCGUAUAGCGUGCGGUUCGUCGGCAUGGUGUAUCCGGGCGACCGCCUGGAGACGCACGUGCGGCAUGUGGGAUUCCGCAGCGGCAAUCUGCUGAUUGAGGGCGAGACCAAGGGCCCGCGGGGCGUGGUGCUGGAGUUUGCAGCCGAGGUCACUCCCCUGCAGACCGCCUAUGUGUUUACUGGCCAGGGCGCGCAUCAUCGCCAGCAUGCCAAGAACGUGUGGGAUUCGGCCGACCAGCAUAUGCGCACUACCUACGGCGUGUCGCUGCUGGAUAUUGUGCGUCACAACCCGACCGAGCUGACGGUCAAGUUUGGCGGCCGUCGCGGUGCUCAGAUCCGCAAUGCCUACCGGGCGCUGGUUGGCACCCGGCCGCUGUUCCCGGGCAUCACCGAGCACUCGGCCAGCUUUACGCACCGGGCAGCCGGCGGUCUGCUCAAUGCCACGCUGUUCACGCAGCCGCUGCAGACAGUCCUGUCGCUGGCGUACCUGGCCGACCUGCGCUCCAAGGCACUGUUCGGCGCUCUGGCUGCAGCCGGCCAGCUGGUCGGUGUUGAGGCUGCGCUCGGCCGCUCAAAGUACGCCAUGGUGGCGGUCAACCCGUCGCGCAUCGGCAACGGCUUCGACGAGCUGGCGCUGGAGCACCUCGUGGCCGAGCUGCGCGAGCGCGGCGGCCACCUGCUCGAGGUCAUCAACUACAACGUGCAGGGGCUGCAGUACAUUGUCACUGGCCAUCUGGCGCAGCUCAAUGCUCUGCGCCUGGCGCUGGACCAUGUGUCGUCGGGGAAGACGCUGGCUGAGGCUGCGCAAACGGCGCUUUUGGCGGCUGAUGACGCCGAGCUGCAGAACAGCCAGUUCACCACUGUGAUCCAGGGCGUCGACGUGCCCUCGCACUCGAGCCAGCUGGCCGGCUCCGUCGACAGCUUCCGCCAGCUGCUGGCGGCCAAGAUCCCGCAGGUAACCUACGGGCGCCUGUACAAGCAGUACAUCCCCAAUGUCACUGCCAGGCCGUUUGAGGUCUCGCAGAACUAUUUCACUUUGGCUCGCGAUGUCACUGAUUCGCCGUCGCCCGUGCGCUGGAUUGAGACCCAGAAUGUCCUGCUGAACGAGCUCAAGGCUGAGCGCAUUGUGGAGGUCGGCCCCAGUGCCACUCUGGGCGAUAUGGCACGCCGCACGCUGCGUGUCAGCAACACUGACUUUGACGGCGCUAUUCUGCAUGUCGCCCAGCAGGAAGAGGAGCCUGCUGCUGCUCUGCCUGCUGCUGCUCCUGAACCUGUUGCUGCUCCUGUUGCCGCUCCGGCCCCCGUUGCCGCCCCCGCUCCUGUUGCUGCUCCGGCCCCCGUUGCUGCUCCAGUCCCGAUCCAGGCGCUGGAGGUCAAGAAGCCUAUCGCCGAUAUUUCGCCCACCCAGUGCAUCAAGGACUUCUCUGGCGGCAAGUCUACUUUGCAGAACGAGAUCACUGGCGAUCUGCAGAAGGAGUUCGGCAGUGGUGUCCCUGACAAGGCUGAGGAACUGGCGCUUGCGUCGUUGGCCGCCUGGUAUUUCUUCCUGUUCAGCAGCAAGAUGCCUGGUGGUUUCGCGCAUCCUCCUAUGGUCUUGGUCCCCAGCGUCCAGAACGCACUGCUGCUGCAUGCCCUGACCCUGGAGCCCAGCGCGCGUUUGGGAAGCGAGUCGGAGGCUACUGCCUGGCUGGACACUGUUGCCAAGUCAUACGCAGGCCAUGCUGGCAUCACUCUUGGAGCCGCUUCUGCUGCUGCUCCGGCUGCUGCCCCAGUUGCUGUCGCUGCAGUCCAGGUCGCCGCCCCUGCUGCUAUCGGACCUAUUGCUGACGUCCCAUUGCAGGCACUGGAUGUGAUCCAGGCCCUGAUCUCCGCCAAGGUCAAGAAGCCGGUCUCCGAGAUUGCCAGCAGCCAGUGCAUCAAGGACUUCUCCUGGCGGCAAAAGGAAUUCGGCAGUGGUGUCCCUGACAAGGCUGAGGAACUGGCGCUUGCAUCGUUGGCCGCUGGUAUUUCUUCGUUCUCGGGCACGCUGGGCAAGCACGCAACCGCGCUGAUUGCCAAGCUGUUCAGCAGCAAGAUGCCUGGUGGUUUCGCGCAGUCCAAGAACGCACUGCUGCUGCACGCCCUGACCCUGGAGCCCACAGCGCGUCUGGCCAGCGAGCCCGAGGCAACCGCCUGGCUGGACCAGCUCCGGCUGCCAUUGCGUCGGCCCCAGGUGGCCAUUGCCAGUCCGGUCUCGGACCAGUCGCACCGCGACUACAUCAUCCAGCAGAUCCAUGUGAUGGCGCGCCACGCCGGUAUUGACCUGCGCGCAGGCGACCGCACGGCCGAGGCUGCUUUGCUGGAGUCCAAGGAGACGCAGGCGAAGCUGGACAGGCUUUCCAACGAGCUGGGCGACGAUCUGCUGGAGGGCGUGCAGGGCAAGUUCGACCAGCGCAAGGCGCGCCAUUUCGACUCGUUCUGGAACUGGGCGCGCCAGGACGCCCUGGCCUGGAUCUACCAUGUGGUGGCGACUGGCGACGCAAGCGUGGAUGAGGAGCGGCUUCUGGCGCUGACCAACCGCGCCACGCCCUACCCUGCUGCAGCUGGUCAGUGCGACCGCUGGCGUGCUGGAGCGCGGAAACGCCAAGCAGGCGGCCGACCGGUCUACAAGGAGCUGACAAAGUCGACGCGCCCGCAGGUCGAUGUUUCGGCCACCGGCAAGGUCACUUACCGCGAGGUGCCGCGCGAGGGCGAGCCGACCAUCAACGAGUACGUCGAGCAUAUGCGCCAGGCUGUCGGCAACGAGGAGCCUUUUGUGUUCCUGAAUAAGCAGGACCGGCUCAAGCUCUGGAACCUCGACCACACAAACACCUCUGUGUACUUUGACGUGCUGGCCGACAUCGGCCGCUCUGGGCUCUCGUUUGCCGGCAAGACCGCGCUGGGCCUGUUGGCGGGUGGUGCCAAGGUCAUCGCCACCACGUCAAGCUACAACCGCCGCUCACUGCAGUUCUUCGAGGACCUGUAUAGGCAGUUUGGUGCGCGCGGCUCGGAGCUGGUCGUGGUGCCGUACAACCAGGGAUCGCUGCGGGACGUGCAGGCGCUGGUCCAGUACGUUUACAGCCCGCAGGGACUCGGCUGGGACCUUGACUACGCUGUGCCGUUCGCUGCCACGUCGGAAAUCGGCAAGGACAUCACCGGCAUUGACUCCAAGUCUGAGCUCGCCCUGCGCAUCAUGCUGACUAACACGCUGCGGCUUCUGGGCGAGAUCAAGCUGGCCAAGGUCGCCCACGGCCACACCUCCUCGCCGGUGCUGGCAAUUGUGCCGAUGUCGCCGAACCACGGUGUGUUUGGCGGCGACGGCUUGUACGGCGAAUGCAAGGCCGGGCUCGAGACCCUGUUCAACCGCUGGAAUAUCGAGUCGUGGGCCGACUACAUCUCGGUGGCCGGCGCUGUGAUCGGGUGGACCCGCGGCACCAACAUGAUGGAUGCCAAUGACAUGAACGCUUAUGCAGCGGAGAAGUCCGGCAUGCGCUCGUUCAGCACCAAGGAGAUGGCCUUCAACAUUCUCGGUCUGAUGGCAGCUCCGAUGGCGGCGCUGGCCGACACCACGCCGGUCUGGGCUGACUUCAACGGCGGCUUCCAGCUGUUUGUCGACUCGGGCAGCACUCUGGUGAACAUCCGCAGUGCGCUGAUCGACGAGAGCGCUGCGCGCAAGGCCAUUGCUAGUGCGUCCCUGCACGACCACAAUGUAGUGCACCAGCGCAGUGUUGAGAAGGUCGUCAAGAAGCAGCGCGCGCAGCCGCUGGCCAAGCACCGGUUCGAGAACCCGAAGGUCAAGGCGUAUGAGCAGCUGGAGCACCUGCGCAAGCUCGAGGGCCUGGUCAACCUCGAUACAGUCGUGGUUGCCACGGGCUACGGCGAGGUUGGUGCCUACGGCAAUGCGGAGACGCGCUGGGAGAUAGAGGCGCAUGGCGAGUUCUCGCUGGAGGGCUGCAUUGAAUUGGCGUGGAUCAUGGGGCUGAUCAAGCACUUUGACGGCGUCCUGCAGACCACCGGAGCGCACUACGUCGGCUGGGUGGACAGCACAACCGAGGAGCCCGUGCGCGACCGCGACAUCAAGGCGCGCUACGAGGAGUACAUUCUCGAGCACACCGGUAUUCGCCUGAUCGAGCCCGAGCUGCACUUGGGCUACGAUCCGAACAAGAAGCCCAUGCUGCACGAGGUGCAGAUUGAGCACGACAUGCCGCCCUUUGAGGCCAGCGCCGAGGAGGCCUUCAACUUCAAGAACGGCAACGAGGACAAGGUCGAGAUCUGGGAGAACCCCGAUUCCACCUGGUCGGUCAAGUUCUCCAAGGGCGCCAUCAUCCUGGUGCCCAAGGCGCUGCGCUUCGACCGCCUGGUCACCGCCCAGCUGCCCACGGGCUGGGACCCCAAGCGCUAUGGCUUCCCGCAGGACCUAAUCGACCAGCUCGACCCGACCACCCUGCACUCGGUGGUCGCCACCAUCGAGGCUCUGCUGCGCUCCGGCAUCACCGACCCGUACGAGCUCUACAAGUACUUCCAUCUCUCGGAUAUCGGAAACACCAUCGGCUCCAGUCUCGGUGGCGCCCGCGCCGUCUCCAGCGUCUUCAUUGACCGCUUCACCGGCAAGGACAUGAACAACGAUGUGCUGCAGGAGACCAUGAUCAAUGCGGUCGCCGGCUGGACCAACAUGCUGCUGCUGUCGUCAGCUGGCCCCAUCCAGCCCGUGGUCGCCAUUGAUGUGGCUGUCGAGACUAUCCAGGCUGGCAAGGCCAAGGUCAUGUUUGCUGGUGGCUACGACGACUUCUCCCCUGAGGGCAGCUACGAGUUCGCCCAGCUGGGCGCAACCAACAGCGCGGUGGAUGAUUUCGCCCAGGGCCGCACGCCCAAAGGAGAUGUCGCGCCCGCCCAGGGCGCUGCUGUGGUCAUGCUGAUGUCAGCCUCGGCCGCCAUUGAGGUCGGCGCACCCAUCCACGGCAUCAUUGCCAUGUCCGACACUGCCACCGACAAGCAGGGUCGCUCCAUCCCGGCCCCCGGCCAGGGCAUCCUGACCACCGUCAGCGAGCGCCCCACCGCCUUCCCCUCGCCCCUGCUGGACAUUGACUACCGCCGCGCGCAGCUCACUGAGCGCCUGGCCGAAAUCGCCCAGUGGGCGGCCCGCCAGGCAAAGCAAGUCGACCAGGAGCUGGCGCUGCGCCAAGCCCAGGAUGCCCAGUUCGACUCUGCUCUGUUCGCCAAGGAGCGUGCGGCGUUUAUUCGUGCCGAAGUGAGCCGCCUGCAGAACGACGCGCGGUCUACCUGGGGCAAUGAGUUCUGGCGCCAAGACCAGUCGAUUUCGCGCAUGCGCGGUGCUCUGGCCAUGUGGAACCUGACUGUCGAUGACAUUGGCGUGUCGUCAUUCCACGGCACAUCGACCAAGGCCAACGACAAGAACGAGUCUGAGGUCAUUGACCAGCAGCUGCGCUACCUCGGCCGCACCCCUGGCCACGCAGUCCCCGCAGUCUGCCAGAAAUGGCUGACCGGCCACCACAAGGGCGGCGCUGGCGGCGCCAUGCUCAACGGCGUGCUGCAGACGCUGCGCACGGGCAUUGUGCCGGGCAACCGCAACGCCGACAACAUCGACACCGAGUUUGAAAAGUUCGACUACCUGUACUACCCGUCACGGUCGAUCCAGACGCCUGGAGUCAAGGCUGGAACUAUCACGUCGUUUGGCUUUGCCCAGGCCAGUGGCGAGCUGCUGGUUGUCCAUCCGGACUACCUCUAUGCAGUGCUCGGCAAGGAUGAGCUGGAUGUGUACCGGAGCAAGGUUGAGGAGCGCGAGAAGAAGACCUACCGCUACUGGCAUGACUCGCUUGUCGGCACUAAGCCGUUUGUCCGUGUCAAGGAUGCCGCGCCGUUCAGCGAGGAGAUUGAGAAGCAGGUCUACACGGAUUCUGGCGCCCGCGUGCACUACGAUGCGGCCACCGGCAGCUACCGCUACUAA